AUGGUAGAGAUAUUUUACUGUCACAGUGUAUCAAAUCGAGGACAAGUUGGGGAAAUCCGGGUUGUUGCCCCGUCGAUUGGGCACUACGCGGAAGACGGCCAAGGGAUGUAUAUAGUGUGGAAUCACGGCACGAACUGGCGAAUCCUAGGAGACGCGGCGGGGAGGUCAGUCGUCCUUCACCACAUACUGGUGGAGAGCACAGGUAUCAGGGUGACCAGCCUCGAAGUCCCGGAUCACGUGACCCGCGGCCAUGACGUGGAGCUGCACUGUUCGUGGGAUCUGACGUCACACAAGCUCUACUCGGUCAAGUGGUACCGCGACGGCCAAGAAUUCUACCGCUUCCUGCCCUCCGAGGACCCGCCGAGGGCAACACUGCCUCUGCGGGGUGUCCAUGUGAAUGAGUCAGCCUCGACGGGACCUCGAGUCGUCCUCACCCGCCUUGACCUCGACUCCAGCGGCCGCUACAAGUGCGAGGUCAUCUCUGACUGGCCCGAGUUCCACACCGCAGAUCGGAGUGCCAUUCUGCUGGUGGUGGAACUGCCGGAGGAGAAACCCCGGAUCCACGGGCCACAGGCGAGGUACCACCCGGGGGACAGGGCCACCCUCGUCUGCCAGGGAGCCCCCUCCCACCCCCCUGCUUCGCUCACCUGGUUCAUUAAUGGAUUAGAGGCACCCCCCGAAUACGUGGUGGAGAUGGACAGCACGAAGCACGAGUCAGGGCUGGAGGAGAGUCGCCUUGGCCUCGAGUUCACCGUCAACCGAAGCCACUUCCGAGGGGGCGCCAUGACCCUCCGCUGCACCGCCCGCAUCUCGACCCUCUACUACAAGACCCACCAGCACAGCGUCGACGGAGACCUGCCUGACCUGAUUCCUGAGGGUGACCUGGCCGGGAGACAAGGA